AUGAAGCUCGGUCUCCUCACAUACGCGCUCUCCGCUUCGGCGUGUCUCAUCCCCUCCGACUCGCUGCCCGCCUCGGAGCGCCACUCGGCCCUGUCCGCGCGCCAGACCCGUCCGGAGCCCGACUUUCCCAUCGGCUCCGGUGACCGCUUCAAGAAGGGCACCAUCGUCCCCAAGGGCUUGUCUACCUCUGACCGCAACCUCAAGUCCAUCCUCACUCCCGCCGAGGUCUCCUCUGCUCUUGAGGGUCUUGCCAAGACGUUCAAGGAGGUCAACCUCAUUCACACUCCCUACAAGACAUACGAGGGCGUGAAAACCCUUGGUGCCAGCGUGGGAAAGAACCCCAAGUUCUUCAUCAUCAGCGGCGCGCAUGCCCGUGAGCGUGGAGGUCCUGACCAUGUCGUCUACUGGCUCUCUGAUCUCCUGCACGCUCGCAAGGCGAACAAGGGUCUGAAGUAUGGAAAGACCACUUUCACUGCUGCUCAAGUUCGCAAGGCUCUCGAUGCAGGCAUUGUCGUCCUCCCCAUCAUCAACCCUGAUGGUGUCAAGCACGACCAGGCCACCAACUCAUGCUGGCGCAAGAACCGCAACCCUAAGAGCUCAAAGGGUAACCCCGAUGCCGUUGGUAUCGACAUCAACCGAAACUACGACUUCUUGUGGAACUACAAGAAGUCGUUCAACAGUGCCAUUGACCUUGGCUCUGUUGCCUCUGAGGACCCCACCAGCGAGGUCUUCCACGGCACUGCGCCCAACUCUGAGCCUGAGACCAAGAACGUCGUCUGGACUAUGGACAAGUUCAAGAACCUGAGCUGGUUCGUCGAUCUCCACUCAUUCGGCGGUGAUGUCCUGUACGCAUGGGGUGAUGAUGAUGCGCAGACCACUGACAACAAGGAGAACUUUGCCAACAAGAAGUUCGAUGGACGUCGCGGUGUUCUCGGCAAGGCUGAGACACCCAAGACCAAGUACAAGGAGUACAUCUCCGCAAAGGAUCUCUCCGUCCAGAAGAAGACGGGUGAGCGCAUGAAGAAGUCCAUGGAGAAUGCCGGUACCUCCAAGUACGUCGUGCAGGAGGCGGUCGGUCUGUACCCUACGUCCGGAGCCAGCACUGACUAUGCUCUCGGCCGAUUCUACGGCAAGGCAUGCGGUAAGAGCAAGCUGCAGAGCUACACCAUUGAGUUUGGCGAGGAGAGCGGUUCGGCAGCGUGCCCAUUCUACCCCAGUGAGAAGCAGUACCAUAUGUGGAUGAAGCAGGUUGCUGCUGGUUUGAUGGAGGUUGCUCUCCAGGCGGCUGAUACUAAGACCGAGACUAAGAAGUGCCCAUACACUAAUUAG